AAUUCGUCCUCAAUUGACACGUCUGUGGUUUGAAGUCUGAUAAUCAUAUCAGACUGUUGACCAAGGGAGUUAUCGGCCUUUCUCUUUUUGUAUCAAGUAACCAUGUCGAAAAUAAAGGCUGGACCUGUUGUUGACAUCCUCGGCGAUGAGAUGACUCGUAUCAUCUGGGAUCUUAUCAAGGAUAAAUUAAUCUUACCAUUUUUGGAUAUUGAAUUACAUACUUACGAUUUGGGAAUGGAAUACCGUGACAAAACGGAUGACCAGGUGACAAUCGAUUGUGCUAACGCUAUCAAGAAAUACAAUGUUGGUAUUAAGUGCGCUACUAUUACGCCAGAUGAAAAAAGAGUAGAAGAAUUUAAUUUGAAAAAGAUGUGGAGAAGUCCUAAUGGAACAAUCCGUAAUAUCCUUGGAGGAACUGUUUUCCGAGAGGCAAUCAUCUGUAAGAAUAUUCCUCGUCUAGUUACGGGAUGGGAGAAGCCCAUUAUAAUCGGACGUCAUGCACACGCUGAUCAAUAUAAGGCUACUGACUUUGUCGUUCCUGGCGAAGGCAAACUUGAACUCGUGUUCACUCCGCCGUCUGGUGAACCAGUAAAGUACGUUGUAAAUGAAUACAAAGGUCCCGGUGUCGCUCUUGGUAUGUUCAAUACAGAUGCCUCUAUUAUUGACUUUGCUCAUUCUUCAUUCAAAUAUGCAUUGGAUAGGAAAUACCCACUUUACUUAAGCACUAAGAACACUAUUCUCAAAAAAUAUGACGGUCGUUUCAAGGAUAUUUUCCAAGAAAUUUAUGAAAAAGAUUAUAAGAGUCAAUUUGAAGCCGCCGGUAUCUGGUAUGAACAUCGUUUGAUCGACGAUAUGGUCGCUUAUGCUAUGAAGUCUGAAGGAGGUUUCGUUUGGGCUUGUAAGAACUACGACGGUGAUGUUCAAUCCGAUUCGGUGGCUCAGGGAUACGGGUCAUUGGGAUUGAUGACAUCAGUAUUGAUCUGUCCAGAUGGAAAAACUGUAGAGGCUGAAGCAGCUCAUGGAACCGUCACCAGACACUACCGCUUCUAUCAACAAGGAAAAGAAACCUCUACAAACCCAAUUGCUUCUAUCUUUGCAUGGACCAAAGGACUUUUGCACCGUGCUAAGCUAGACAACAACUCCGAACUUCAGAAGUUUGCUGAAACACUUGAAAGUGUUUGUAUUAACACAAUUGAGUCAGGAAUUAUGACUAAAGAUCUUGCUAUAUGUAUCAAAGGUAUGAACAAUGUAAAGAGAUCAGAUUAUUAUGAAACAUUUGAAUUUAUGGAUAAACUGGCUGAAAAUUUACGAAAAAGUUUGGGGAAAUGACUAUACACAGUGAAACAAUUGAGUAACUUGUAAUGCUUAUUAACAUUUUUGUUUUUAUAAUUAAUAUAUUAAUUAUUUAUGGGUAAAAGAAUAUAUUAAAACUUUAUACGGUGUAAUAAAUUAUAA